CUCCCGGGUCGCCGUCUCCAUGGUAACGGUAAACAAACCCCGGCCUCGCCGUCUCCACCGCCAGCGCUGUCACCGCCACCACCACCACCGGCAACAUGAUCCCCCCGGCCGACUCGCUGCUCAAGUAUGACACCCCGGUGCUGGUGAGCCGCAACACGGAGAAGAGGAGCGCCAAGGCUCGGCCACUCAAAGGCAGUCCUCAGCAACCCAUGUCUACGGGGCCUGUCCCCGCUCCGCCCAAACCCAAGAGCCCUUCCGCCUCAGUGGACCCAGCCAAGCAGGCAGAGGAAAUCCUGAACUCCAUCCUACCCCCAAGGGAGUGGAUGGAGGACACGCAGCUGUGGAUCCAGCAGGUGUCCAGCACGCCCAGCACGCGGAUGGACGUGAUCCACCUGCAGGAGCAGCUGGACCUGAAGCUGCAGCAGCGCCAGGCUCGCGAGACCGGCAUCUGCCCCGUACGUCGGGAACUCUACUCCCAGUGCUUCGACGAACUGAUCCGGGAGAUCACCAUUAACUGCGCGGAGCGGGGGCUGCUGCUGCUCCGCGUCCGAGACGAGAUCCGCAUGACCAUCGCCGCCUACCAGACCCUGUACGAGAGCAGCGUGGCCUUCGGCAUGAGGAAGGCCCUCCAGUCCGAGCAGGGCAAGUCCGACAUGGAGAAGAAAAUUUCCGAUUUAGAGUCCGAAAAGAGGGACCUGGAAAGGCAGGUGAACGAGCAGAAAGCCAGGUGCGAGGCCACGGAGAAACGGGAGAGCGAGAGGCGCCUGGUGGAGGAGAGGAAGCACGCCGAAGAGAUCCAGUUCCUCAAGCGGACGAACCAACAGCUGAAGGCCCAACUGGAAGGCAUUAUCGCACCCAAGAAGUGAAAAUUUCCACAUGGGCUUCUCUGCAACAACCACACCCUUGAAGACUGUCCCCCGCCCCAUAAUAAUAACAAAAAAUAUCUAGAAGACAUCCUCCCCACCUAGUCAGAACUCAUACCCUUGAUGCCCUCAAAUCUCCCCCGUGCCCGAACACUCAGAAGAACCUGGAGAUUCGGUAGCGGCUAAUAGAAAUCAGCGUUUUCCAUACUUUCCUGAGUGGAAUUCGCUCCGAGUUCUUUUUUUCUGUAGGCCCGGAACAGACGAGGCACCGGACGAGUCAGUCCCAGUUCUGGUUGGGCACCAAAAGGGCCGCUAGUCUCGGAGGCGCGGCUGACGUGCCCCCGCGCCCUCCCUCAAUCCGAUUCCAGGCAGCGCGAGGGUCUCUCCCCACAGCAAUCACUGUUAGCCUUGUGUUUUUAUUAAAUCUUGUUAAAAAAAAAAAUUAAAAAAGCGCAUUUCCCGCCUUCCAGCGUCCCCCGAUCUGGCGUCUUUCACUUCUCACCAAACUGCAAAAGGCAUGACACCUGCCCCCACCAGCUCCUGUGGAAAUUUCCAUCAAGCAAAGCUCCACGGGGCGGCAGGGAAGGGCAGUCGUUGACUAUCAGCUGUUUUGAGGCCCGGGCACCCCACAUCUCAGGCCGACAGGAAACCCAGAUCGCCCAUCCCUUCUUCAACACGGGGUCUUUGCCCGAUUUUCUCCACCUUCCCCUUCCCGGCUGCCCACCUGCUUUGUCUGCUGUGCCACAGAACCCCAAAUCCGAAACCGCGCAGCUGCCUUAGCAAUAAAACCCUAGAUUAUUCUCCUACUGGUAAGACACCUGGAGGUAACUGCCCCCCGCUUAACUAGUUUACAUGACAUGGCGAGUGUGAAGGUAAUUUUUUAGUUUCCAAUAAAAAAUAUUUUGGAGAA